GGCCAUGCUUAGAAUGCAGGUUGAAGCUAUAGUUCUGCCAUUACUUAAUAUGGCUGCCCCCAUCAAGAUGACCGGGGUGUGCCUAGGGGAAAGAGGCAGCAGGAUGCUUUGAGAUGGUCUAGCAUUGAACCCUAUGGAAGUUUCUGAAACUGGGGAGCCUGAUGAUGGGGGGUGGAGCCCGUGGAGGAUAGAGGGAGCAAUAGAUUGUUUCCCCAGGCUAACCCCGACCCCUCCCUGUCCUCUGGACUAAAAUGGGUAACACCCUGGGCCUGGCACCGCUGGGGACUUUACCCCGCCGGACCCCCCGUCGAGAGGAACCGCUGCCCAACCCCGGGAGCUUCGAUGAGCUGCACCGGUUGUGCAAAGAUGUAUUUCCAGCACAGAUGGAGGGCGUGAAGCUGGUUGUCAACAAGGUUCUGAGCAGUCAUUUCCAGGUGGCUCAUACUGUGCACAUGAGUGCCCUGGGCUUGCCAGGGUAUCAUCUCCAUGCCGCCUACGCAGGGGACUGGCAGCUUAGCCCCACUGAGGUGUUCCCCACCGUGGUGGGGGAUAUGGACAGCAGUGGCAGUCUCAACGCCCAGGUCUUGCUUCUGUUGGCAGAGCGGCUACGAGCUAAGGCUGUCUUCCAGACACAGCAGGCCAAGUUCCUGACGUGGCAGUUUGAUGGCGAGUAUCGGGGAGAUGACUACACAGCCACUCUGACCCUGGGAAAUCCUGACCUGAUUGGGGAGUCAGUGAUCAUGGUUGCUCACUUCCUGCAGAGUGUCACCCAACGGCUGGUGCUAGGAGGAGAGCUAGUUUAUCACCGGCGACCAGGUGAAGAGGGGGCCAUCUUGACUCUGGCUGGGAAGUACUCAGCUCUACACUGGGUAGCGACGUUGAAUGUUGGGUCAGGUGGGGCCCAUGCAAGUUAUUACCACAGGGCAAAUGAACAGGUUCAGGUUGGAGUGGAGUUUGAGGCAAAUACAAGGCUACAGGAUACAACCUUCUCCUUUGGUUACCACCUGACUCUGCCCCAGGCCAAUAUGGUGUUUAGAGGCCUGGUGGACAGUAACUGGUGUGUUGGUGCUGUGUUGGAGAAGAAGAUGCCCCCCCUGCCCGUCACUCUCGCCCUCGGAGCCUUCCUCAAUCACUGGCGCAACAGAUUCCAUUGUGGCUUCAGCAUUACCGUGGGCUGAAGUGGUCCUGGAGGCGACCUCCACACAGCAGCUGGAACCUUUGAGUCAGAUGCCCUAGGGCCAGAGACUAACUAGGUCCCUCUCCAGAGCCUACCUUGCUGAUGACUUCUAGGUCCCAUGGGCAGAGUAGGGGGCAGGACCGUGUCGUCCUCGGAACUGAAGCUGCCAUACGAUCACUUCCCCAUGAGGCAGUGGUUUGAGGUUCCCAAUUCUGCCAUCAGCCCCACUAUAAUUUUCCACAUCUCUAUGGCUCUGGACUGAAGGAGAAGGAUUAAGGGAUGUAUCUGGCUUCCCUCACCCUACUUUCUUCUUUAUUAUUUUUAUUUGAUUAAGGUAUUAGCUUCUUCUUCAGAGCAGAAAGAUCUGCAUGGGAUUCACUUCCUAUACCAUUUCUCCCAUUUUCCAUCCUUCAGCCUCCCAAAGUUGGGAAAAUAGCGUUAAAGAGCUAAAUCUUUGGCCAUAGAAAGACCAAAGAAUGGGCCCACCCAUUCCUUGAAGGACCGUCACCUCCUAGCCCUGAGACUGCCUCUUUUCCCAUCUUCUGUGUUUCCAGAGAACCGCUUUGGUCCUAUGGUCACCCCAACUCCCCACUCUCUGCCCCCUGCCCUGUCCACACGCCAUGGAUGAGCGCACGGAGAGACAGAUACUGUUCAGUGUUUCAUUGCUGCCACUGAGUUCCUUUUAGCUGGUCCCCAUCUUGGGCACCAGCAAUUUCCCCUUGCCAGUCCAAUGUAUCCCAGGAGGUCUGGGGAAGGAGGCCAGCCUGGGCCUCAGCUGAAGAUUUCCCCAAGCAGCGGCAUCAUAGCAGACAGUCCCUGGAUGCGUUGUAUUUCAUACGAGUAUGCAUUGUUUAUGCUCCGGAGCUCAGCCAGCAGGCCCAUCAGCUUUGCAUACAGAAACCUUUGGAAGGAGUAGUAGGGUUACCAGGGAAAGAAGAGGGAAAUAAGGCAGCUGGGAGUCUCGUCCUGAAGCCCCAGUCCCCCGAACUGUCCCCCCAGGAGGUUGAGUCUGAACAUUAGAAAAUCCUGCUGUGGAUGGCACAUACUACAUUUUGAAAAUGUUCAGAAGUCCCCAAGAGGGCGUCUCUCAGCACUGUCUUCCUUCUUUGUGCCUAGUUUUUCCUGAACCCAGGGCUUAGAGGUCAAAUGUAAAGAACUAGACUUGGCCAAAACUUCAAUUGUAUAGAACCUGAAGGUGGAGCCUUCUAGAUGGAGUUCUAGAAGGCGGGUGUGUUGUUCUAUGGUAUAAAACAUCCCCCUCUUAGCAAACUGAUUUAUCAAGGAAUGAGCAGAACAAAAGUGACAUUAACUUCAGAGCCUGGACUCUUGAGCCAGGGACAGGCUUUGCCCAUGAAACUGUGAAUGACUAUAACUUCAAAUGGAACUGAAAAAUUCACGGAGUUGACCCAAGGGAAAGGAGAGGGCCAAAAAGAAGAAUGAAGUUGGAGAGGAGGUGAUGGCUAUCACCAGUCUCAGGAAUGCUAUCACACAGGCUAUGAGCUACUACUUUGCAUCUCUACUGAAUAAAAAAAAAAAAACUUGGAAAAGUGAGAAGGAACAGCAGUGUGCACAGUUUGGGUACUGGAACUAUGUGUGAUAGGGGUGGCCCAAGGGAAG